AUGAAAGUAGAAACCCCUCAGAUUAUCUGGCACUCUAAAGAUAGUAAAUUCGCAGAUAGGGUGUAUUCUUUAGAUUUUCAGCCAGGAACUUCGAGAUUAGCAACUGCAGGAGCAGAUGAAUUUAUUCAUAUAUGGGAGAUAACUAGAGAAGCUGAAUGGAAGUUAAAGAUUUUAUCAAGAUUGUUAGGUCACGAAAAGGAAGUGAAUUGUAUCCGAUUUUCAUCAACUGGAGAACUACUUGCAUCUGGAGGUCAGGAUGAUUCACUAUGUAUAUGGAAACCAACAACAGAAAAACAACAGGUGGUUUUUGGCCAAAAUUCAGAGGAUGUUUUGGGAUUUCCAGAAUAUUGGAAAAGAAUAACAGUAAUGAGAUGUAUGGCUCCAGUAAUAUCCUUAAGUUGGUCCCCAGAUGACUGCAAAGUUGUCGUAGGAACAGAAGAUGACCGUGUUACAAUAUGGAAUGUUUAUACAGGGAAGCUUCUACGUCAGUUAGAUGCCCAUACCCACAUUGUAAUGGGAGUAUGCUGGGAUCCAAAGGAUGAAUUUAUUGCUUCUCAGAGUUCAGAUCAAACAGUACGUAUUUGGAAAGGCAGAACAAGCAAGGCAAAAAAGAAAAGCAAACCAAUAAAUGCUUUUAAUUCAAAUACAAAUGAUACAAAAACUUCUUCAAAGGAAGAUGUUGAAAUGGAAAUAAAUAAUAAAAUUGGCGGGAACUCUGAACAUGCAUGCACAGAAAUAAGUCUCAAUACCGGCCCUGAAAUGCCUGCAUGCAAUGCAAACUGUGAGGAGCUGCCAAAAGAAGAGGCGGGCGUUGAUUUUCAAAAUGUGGCAUCUGGAACUCCAGAAUUAUUAGUUGCACCAUCAGAAUCCUCAACUCCAAUAUGUGACAUGGGAACAAUUCAGAAUACAGCAACCCAACAGAUAAAUAAGUCAGAUGUAAAAUCUUGGAAAUUACAUCAUACAAUAAAGUAUGAAGUAUCAGAUAACUGUUCAAAGCAGAAACAAAAUAAUUUGGAUAUUGAGAUGAACCCAGACUUGGUGGUUGGUGAUUGUGCCACUCCAAAUAAUACCAAACUUUCAAGUAAUAAUAAUAUAAAAAGAAGGUGCCUGUUUUUAGCUGAGUCUGCUACUACGAGCUUUUUUAGAAGGUUGGACUGGUCACCCAAAGGCGAGAUGCUUGUGGUUCCUACAGGACAAUACUUGUUAAAUAAAGAAUUAGAAAAUGAUCAGGGUGAUAAUAAAAACGGCCAAGUACUUGUUCCUGUCUCCUAUAUAUUUUUAAGAGACGAGUAUUCUUGCCCAGUAGCAGUACUUCCAUCUCCUGAUGGUACAACAUCUUCAAUAAGAUUUAACCCUGUAACAUUUUGUCCAUUAAAGUCUUCAAAUACUUCUCAGAACGCAUUCUUCUCCAGUAGAAUAACUCCUCAAAAUGGUGAGGAUAGCUGGUUAUUUUCAAAGCAUGGAAAUCGUGGAGAAAUUGUUCCUAGAUAUAUAUUUUCUGUGGUUACUUUAGCUGGAACUAUAUAUAUAUAUGACACCCAGCAUUUCCACCCAAUUGUUUGCAUAAGAGGUCUUCAUUUUCAAGGUAUGAAUGACGCUUCCUGGAGCAGUGAUGGCCACACUCUAGCUGUUGCAUCGUCUGAUGGUUAUAUUACAAUCAUCUUUUUUGAAAAUGGAGAACUUGGGGAAGUCCUUAUUCCUUCAUCGGUACCUAGUAGUACUAAUAAUACAAUAGAAUCUAAAGAAAAAAUCCAAAAUUUUGAAUAUGAUGAAAAUGUUGACAAAAACUCAUUCAAAACAAAUAAUGAUAAUGAAUGCAUUGUUAUUGAUGGCAAUUCUAAGCAAUCAGUAGUUUCUGAGAAAAUUACUGCUUCUUCUAACAUAUCUGCAUUAGAUCAUGUAGAUACCCAAAUUCCUUUUCCACCCAAAACUAAGAGAAGAAUUACCCCGACAGUUCUCAUGUCAUACGACUCCUGA